CCUAAGCAUGUCGCUGCACGGUCGGCUAGCCCUGGUGACUGGAGGAGCCAGCGGCAUAGGCAAGGCCACUUGCCACGCCUUGGCUGCCCAAGGGGUCAGAGUCGUCGUCGCAGAUCUCAACGUGAAUGCUGCUAAGGUCGUGGCAUCGGAGCUACCUGGUGCCGGGACCCACAUAGCAGCUUUGCUGGACGUCAGUGACGCAAGCUCGGUCGACAUACUAUUUGCUGACAUCAAGGAGACCGAAUCUAUUCCCAUCAGCAUAGUAGUGAACUGCGCUGGCAUAACCAAGCGCUCGCCCCUUGUCGAGACGACUGAUGAAGACUUUGACAAGAUCAUUCAGGUCAACCUCAAGGGCACGUUCCUGGUGACAAGAGCAGCUGCACGUGCCAUGAUCGCCUCCGGCGUGACGGAGGGAGUCGUCGUAAACGUUGCCAGCAUCCUGGGCAAGAGCGGGCUCUCUGGUUUGGUAGCGUACACGGCUUCCAAGGGAGGCAUCGUGGCUCUGACCAAGUCGGUCGCUCAAGAACUGGCACAGCAGGGCAUCCGCUGUAACGCCGUGCUACCAUCACUUACGCAGACUGCGAUGAUCGAUCCGCUGCCCGAAGAGCCAAAAAGAGCGUGCAUCGCACAGACGCCCCUUGCCCGAAUGUGCCAGCCGGAGGAAGUGUCCGAGGCCAUUGUGUUCCUCUGCUCUCCGAGGAGCUCGUUCGUGACAGGAGCCGCCCUGGAAGUAACGGGGGGAUUCAAGAUGUGCACCGGAACUCCACACAGAUCAGCUUUGCUGGACGUCAGUGACACGAAUUCGGUGGACAGGCUGUUCUCCGACAUCAAGGAAUCCGAAUCUCUGCCACUGAGCGUAGCAGUGAAUUGCGCUGGCAUAGCCAAGAUUUCGCCCCUUGUCGACACGAGUGAUGAAGAUUUCGACAAAAUCAUUCAGGUCAACCUGAGGGGCACGUUCCUGGUGACAAGAGCAGCUGCCCGUGCCAUGAUCGCCUCCGAUGUGACGGAGGGAGUCAUCGUAAACGUUGCGAGCAUCCUGGGCAAGUGCGGUCUCUACGGCUUGGUGGCGUACACGGCUUCCAAGGGAGGCGUCGUGGCUCUGACCAAGUCGGUCGCUCAAGAACUGGCACAGCAUGGCAUCCGCUGUAAUGCCGUGCUACCAUCACUGACGCAGACUCCUAUGAUCGAUGCGCUGAGUGACGAGCUGCAAAGGUUGGGCAUCGCACUGACACCCCUGCGCAGAAUGUGCCAGCCGGAGGAAGUGUCCGAGGCUAUUGUGUUCCUCUGCUCUCCGAAAAGUUCCUUCGUGACGGGAGCCACCCUGGAAGUAACCGGAGGAUUCAAAAUGUGAUUGCCUCUCUAAAUCCCGUUCACUGUAAG